UUUGCUGGGAAAUCGUGAAGGGAAGAAAGAGAAAGAAAAGUUGGAGGGAAGGGAAGGACGCCAAGAGAUCUUCCCGAUAAGAAAAAGAGUAGCAGGAGAAGAGAGUACGCGGUUAGAGAAGAAGAGGAAAGAGCGAGAGAGAGAAAGGAAGAGUGGAGGAAGGAACCAAGGGCAGAGAGGAUGGGGACUCGGCGGCGAAUGGGAAGUCGAGGAAUUCCGGCGCCUCAAAACAACCAAUUGCGCAAUCUUCCCCCCAUUUCCCCAUACAUGUUUCAUACACACACAAAAGAACACCAAACUCCCCUACAACUACUACUGAUCGUCCGUCGUGCAUUCAUCCCCGCAAUUUGUUCUUCUCUCUUCUUCUUCUUCUUCUUCUUCUUCUUCUUCUUCUUCUUCUUCUUCUUCUUCUUCUUCUUCUUCUUCUUCUUCUUCUUCUUCUUCUUCUUCUUCUUCUUCUGCUCUCUCGUUUUCUUUUUUUGUACUUCUCUCUCUCGCAAUGCCUCAAUGCCACCAACACCAAAAAAGGUAAAACUAUAACGAUAGAAUGAAAAGAACAUAAACGUACCUCAUCAUCAUCACCGACGCAGGCGCGGGCGGCGGCGGUGGCGGCGACAAUGCCUUCAACGGCGGCGUCCCUCCAUUCACACUGCCAUU